GAUUUAUCAAAGACGGCCUUCCGGCGGCGGAGAUGUCUCCGCGAGCAACAAGGGCACAUCUCGCCACCCACCGCCUCCACUCCUAGGCCCUUGUUGUCCGCCGGCGCCGAGAUAGCGCGCUGCCCUGAUUGCUCCCGUUUGCCCGUAAGCUAUUGGCUCUCGGUGACUUCUGUAUGCUACCCGCCUUGCCAGUGGUCACGCUCGCCGCGAGGAGGCUGCUGCGUCGCGCCGUCGCUCCGCACGGGACUCGCUGAAGGUUUUCGGAGCGCGCGCGGAGGUCAGCGCGAUGGAGACGUGUGUGCUGCUGCCCCAGGAGUUCUCCCUGGUGGUGACCAGUCCGGCGGACGGCGACUCCAAGACGCUGGACACCCAGGUGCAGGUCUGGAGUAACGCGCGGAUACCGCAGGGGGUGCGCGUGUACCCGUUCCAGGGGACCGUGAGGCUGGACACGCUGGAUGUUCUCGGCUACCUCAGCCCGACUGAUAUUCGCCACCGGUUCGGCUGCUAUGACGAGAUCGCCGAGGUACAAGGCCGCCGUGUGCGCCACUGUAAUUGGGUGCGCUUCAUCCGACACACGAGCGUGUGCACGCCAGACGUCAACCUGGUCGGGUCCCGGUUCAGAGGAGAGCCCAUUUACGAAGUGAUCCGACCGAUCGCCGCACACUCGGAGAUCGUGGUGUUCUACCUUCCGGAGCCGCCACAAGAGGAGUUUGUCCUGCCAGCAGUCGCCUACCUGAGACACUCGCUCUACAAGAAGACCAUGUAUGCCAUCCUUGAAGACAGCCCUCUGGACCUGUCAGUCUCCCUGCUCUCCCGGCACCGGCAGCGGGCCGCCAGUCCGCGCCGUCCCCCGCCGCCACCUCCCGUCAUCGCCGCGCCCGAGGAGCGCAAGUCGGUCGCGUCGCCGACGUCGACGGCGUCAACGCUCUCUCUGUGCGAGUCGGAGCCGACGCGGCUGGUGGCGGCGCCGCGCCGGCCGCGCGAGCGCACCAUGCUGCCGUGCAGCGUGUGCGGCAAGACGUUCGACCGGCCGUCGCUGCUCAAGAGGCACAUGAGGACGCACACAGGCGAGAAGCCGCACGUAUGUGAUGUCUGCGGCAAGGGCUUCAGCACCAGCUCCAGCCUCAACACGCACCGGCGCAUCCACAGCGGCGAGAAGCCGCACCAGUGCGGUGUCUGCGGCAAGCGCUUCACCGCCUCCAGUAACCUCUACUACCACAAGAUGACCCACAUCAAGGAGAAGCCGCACAAGUGCCAGCUGUGCUCCAAGUCCUUCCCGACUCCGGGUGACCUGAAGAGCCACAUGUAUGUCCAUAACGGCUCCUGGCCCUUCAAGUGCCACGUCUGCAGCCGCGGCUUCUCCAAGCAGACCAACCUCAAGAACCACCUAUUUCUGCACACAGGAGACAAGCCGCACAGCUGCAACCUCUGCAACAAAAAGUUCGCGCUCGCCUGCAACCUGCGUGCUCAUCUGAAAACACACGAUGGUGAGACCACCGGCGAGGAAUGUCUCCAGUGCGGCGCCGCCUGCGGCCCGCUGACAGGCGGCGGCGUCUGUUCCGGCUGUCUCCAGAGCCCCGCCGGGCCCGCCUCCGCGCCCACCCCCGAACCGGCGCCCUGCGACGAUAUCAGCGUCGUCUGAGACACCGGGAGACCGCCCCGGGCAGGGACUGACCUCCGGCGGGUCAGACUGGUCGCCAGACUGACACCAUUCACACGCCAAUAGUGUGCCAAACGCCACUCAAAAGCAACUCUGAGCCGCGGAAACUCAAAAGGCCCACGAAGGCUCACUUCAUCCCUUCGCAAGCGGGGUGGCAAAUGAACUAGACUCAAGUGGCGCGGCGCAGAGCGUCGGGCUGGGCUCGUAUUUGUCCGACGCCAGCGCGAUUCGGCGUUAUUUCGUGACGCGUUUUGCUCGUGUUCAAUCCAGUGACAUUCCCGAGAUGUUGUGCAAUAACAGUUGGCCAAGUUUGGACACCAUCCGGGGCGUCACAGUGCUGAAGCUGCUGUAGCUGCUAAAGCUGCUCUGGCUGCUGUAGUUGCUGAAGCUGUUGUACAAUUCCACGGCGGCCAUAACAGUGAUGACAUGUUGUUAGUUUGAGGUUCUAUUGCGCUGUUGUGUAAUUGUAGCGAUAUUGAUAUGCGUGAUACUGACAUAGUCACUGUUUUAAAUCGGAUAGCGAGGAUAGUUCAAUCACUCUGCUGGUUGAAGUCGUGGGAGUAAUAAUGUGUUUGCCCUGUCUAGUCAAUAGGUCGCUUCACGCAUGUGUCCGUGUAAAUAAAUAUCAGACAAAG